AUGACCACCGUUCUUGCCGCAGCCCUUGCCAGUAUGGCCUCUGGCGCUGCCAUCGAGAAGCGCGACGCCCUCCCAACCAAGUUUACCCUUACUUCCACCACUACGGGAUUGGACGGGCUCAUUUACCCCGAGUUCAUGUACGCCAACAGCUCCGCAUAUAUCGGAAAUAUUAAGUACUCUACUUAUUCGGAGUCUCUUGACUUGACCUCCGGCGGCGACGGUGCAUCCUUCCAGUCCUUCCACAGCUCCCCCACUGGUAGCCAGCGUCUUUAUGUCUAUCCCACCGAGUCGAAGCCCAUUGGGUUUACAGUCCCACAUUCUGCGGCCGUUCCCACCGGUGCUGUUACCACCGGAAUCAGUAAGGAAGGCGGUUUUUUGGCGGUGAAUGGAAUCAGUGGAAGCUGGAAGGCCUGCAAGGUCGAUGAGAGCAAGGUCCAGGGAACUUGGCAAUUGUACUGGGAUGGUGCGAAAACUUUGGAGGCAGAGGGUUGUGUCGCAGUGAAUGUUACUGUUGCGGAGAGUAGCUGUUAA